AUGAAAAUGAAGUGUAUUCUAAUAUCUUAAAAAUGUCCUACAUUUUUAUUAUCUUAAUUAGAAUCUUUUCUUUCUACAGAAAUAGGAAGGUCGUUGAUUAUUCACAGUUUCAGGAAUCUGAUGAUGCUGAUGAAGAUUACGGAAGAGAUUCAGGCCCUCCAGCUAAGAAAAUACGAUCAUCUCCACGAGAAGCUAAAAAUAAGAGGCGAUCUGGAAAGAAUUCACAGGAAGAUAGUGAAGACUCAGAAGAAAAAGAUGUGAAGACCAAGAAGGAUGAUUCUCACUCAGCAGAGGACAGUGAAGAUGAAAAAGAAGAUCAUAAAAAUGUACGCCAGCAACGGCAGGCAGCCUCUAAAGCAGCUUCUAAACAGAGAGAGAUGCUCAUGGAAGAUGUGGGCAGUGAAGAAGAACAAGAAGAGGAGGACGAGGCACCAUUCCAGGAGAAAGAUUCCGGCAGUGAUGAAGAUUUUCUAAUGGAAGACGAUGACGAUAGUGACUAUGGCAGUUCAAAAAAGAAAAAUAAAAAGAUGGUUAAGAAGUCCAAACCUGAGAGAAAAGAAAAGAAAAUGCCCAAACCCAGGCUAAAGGCUACAGUGACGCCAAGUCCUGUGAAAGGCAAAGGGAAAGUGGGUCGCCCCACAGCUUCAAAGGUAUCAAAGGAAAAGACUCCUUCUCCCAAAGAAGAUGAUGAGGAGCCGGAAAGCCCUCCAGAAAAGAAAACAUCUGCAAGCCCUCCACCUGAGAAGUCUGGGGAUGAAGGGUCUGAAGAUGAAGCCCAAUCUGGGGAGGAUUAAAAGUGAUGGUGGUUUGGAAGAGAUUUUAUUUAAAAAAAAAAAAAAAAAAAAAGGAAAAAAGAAAACGGGGGCAAAAAAAGAAAAUCUACAUAAGAUAGAACAUGGUUUUGGCUAUGGCUUUGACUCAUGGGCUUUCGAUGCUUUUUUUCCCUUUUGUUGAAAAUAACAUUUUCUCUCUCUUUUUUUAUUUUAUUUUUAUUAAGAAAACCUUUGUAUGUUUAAUUUACCUUUUUGUCUAUUGGUCUUUUCUUUGCCACCACCCUCUCUUCCCUCCCUUUUUCAGUGAAAGCCAUGUCAAAUUAAUCACUGGAUUGACUGCUUCAUCUUUUUAUUUUUAAAGGCUGGUAUACCACAGUUGUAAAGCAAUAAGAUUUGAGAUGAACACUAUGGAAAUGUUGCUUUUUGCUAAACAGUAGCAAGUUGAGCAGUAAUCAAAAAAACAUAGAAGGGUAUUAGUUCAAAAUGAUUGCUUCUUUCUCUACUUGGACUUUUUAAGAAAUCAAUUGUCAUCUAAUGCAAGUUUAUUUUUUACCUUGGGGCAGGGCAGGGAGUGGGUUACCUGACCUUGUUUGAGGGUGGGUUUUUUUUUUUUAAUUUCAUCAAUUGUUAUUUCAAAGAGAUUCAGAGCCAGUGAUCCUUUUAUUCUACUACAGUCUUGAAGGAAUUAAAAGACAAAAACAAGGACUGCCAAAACUUAAAUCACGCUUAAUUUCCUAUUUUAUUCUCUAAUGGUUCAUGUUUUAAAAUAUAUAUGUAUCCUGUUUCUUGAAUAAAUUUUUACCAAGGGUAAAAAACAAACCAAAACCCUAGAAUUUAAAUGGCAAGAUCUAUAUAUCACAAUGGAUUUCUUCUCAAACUGACAGUGUUUAGGUUUUAAGCAAAUAAACUACCGGUUAAUGUGAAACUCAUUCACAAAGACUUGAGAUUUUUUUUUCCUUCAUGAAAACAGAAUUGAAAUUCCCUUAUGCUAUAAAUAUGCAUGCAUUCAGAGUCCAGGAACUGUGCUCUGUUUUUAUUUGGAGAUAGAACAUUUCCCUUUUCAUACACCUAUCUUCCAUUUCUUCAUAGAAGCAUGGUAUGAAGUGCAUCUCUCGGCUUCUUGCUACUGUGUGGGAUACCACUGCACACCCACCCCCAGUGCCUACCAGCCCUGCUGUAGGACAUGAUUUCUCCUGGCUCUGUCUUCACUCACUUCACGUCUUGUGUUUGAAGGGAGUGUGUUAAAUGCUGCUCCCACACCUUCAAUUUGCUUUUUUCUUUUUACUGAUGUGCCUACUUACUGCUCAUGUUGCUUAAAGUAGGAGUUUAAGGGGUUCCGCAGGGCUAGAGAAAGCAUGCAUUCAGGAGGCCUAUGUGCAGUCCAUAACAGACUACAUGCCUUAUGAAAGCCGUCGGGAGAUAGAUCUGUAUGUGUGAUCCUCCACAUCCUGAAACCAUGAGCUUCUGGGAGCAAGGGUUAGGGGCCUUAGUGUGCUAAGAAGUUGAAAAAAAAUUAGUGAAAUUUAAUCUCUGCUUUUUAUCUAGAUUUGCUUCCUCGAUAUUUUACUUAGCAUUUUUCUUUCUUUUAAUUACAAAAUAUUUUUCUCUCAGAUAACAUGGCUUUCUUGCAGAUGUUCCGAGAACAAGUUAUUUAAGGAAUAUUUUUACUCUGAUUAUUAAGACACUUUAAGAAAUAUUCUUACUUUGUGAUUUAAAAAAACAAAACACCCAGUGAUAGAGAGUCAUUUCACUGUUGUACUGUGUGUUGAAGAAUGAAUUUGAAGAUUUUAGUACUUGGCCAAAAAUGCGAAGCUUGAACAUUAGUAGCAGUUGGAUCGUUAGUUAUCUAAAGAUUAUUCUGUUUGCUUUAGUGGGUUUGUUCAGGUAUCCAAUUUUAACAAGGUUUGUGUUCUAGCAAGAGACCUACCAGUGUUUCCACCAUGCACUUCUAUUUUUAGGGGUUUAUAACUUUGUCUUGCAUUCCUAGUAACAUUUGGGCUUUUCUUAGAUUAUGUUUUGUGAAAAUUGGUGGGGGGUGUAUUAAAACUCUAGCCUCGGUAUUUUAUGUAACACAGUCUCUUUAAUGUAUUAAUCUGCACUAAUAUCUCUGAUAUAGGCACAUACUUUACAGGUAAUCCUGUCUUCUAAGUUCCUUGUGUGUAUCUGGUUGGGCUUUUUGUUUGCGAUCCUUUUUUUAAAAAAUUAAUUCAUGAGAUUGAAAAAUGUAUUAUACAUAUAUUUCUAAUAGACUGGACAAAAGGAUCUGUGUCCCCAAGUGAGAGACAGGCUCUGAAUGACCUUUGUUUUCUCCACUUGUUACUGAUUUAAAACACUCUAGUCUUCCCCUCAACUCAUGCAUGCAAGUAGGAGGGUAGCUGUGGUGUCUCAACUGGAAACAGGUGCCCAAUAGUCAGACUUGAUGGUGAUGUCAGGAUGGGUUACAAGCUAUAAGCUGAUAGUGAGUGACUGGCCAUUGGCACCACCCUUGACUAAACUCCCCCUCUCUCACGUGCCUAUGGUGAACUGGCAGUAGCAUCCCGUCUGUUCUGCAGCGCUCAGGAAGUGGGACAUGAACUUUGAAGGUGCUCGUUGUGCUCUCUGAGUCCUCUGUUAGCUGUUAGGUUGGCCUCUGAAGCGGGUUUCGGCAGCUGUGCCGACUGACACUACAUUCUAGUUCUUCGGGUUUUUUUCUGGACUUCCCAACACACACAUGCACACGCACAACCUGACAUGAAUAGUUUACAUACUAUUAAAUCUGUAACUUGCUGCUGCGCUCAGCCCUCCCCGCCUCAGAUUGGAUCAAUGGAGUAGACCCAAAGGAUACAUUUUAAUUUUAGUAAUGGUAGAUUUGUCCUGCUUUCUAAAAACCUCCUUUUAUAUCUGCACUCCCCAUUGAGUCCAAAAAGGGAAAUUAAUGGGUGUAUCCUCCUUUAGGGAGGUAAUGAGUGGGAAUCUUAAUCUCAAAGAAUAGUCGUGUAUUUCCCAUGAAGAAGGUUUGAUACUGACUUGCCCCCCACAGUAACAGUUUGCCCCAGGUUGAAUACUCAAUUCAGUACUUAUUCUUGGUAACUGGUUUAAGUAGCCUUUUCUUAAAGGUAACUAACCAAGAGAAACUGGAGGUUAUAAUCCAGUAAUGGUUUUAAUACUCUUGAGUAUAUAUAUGGUCAGCUAAACUGAACUUGACACUUUUUUUUUCCAAAAACUCUUUAAUCCACGACCAUUCAGGAAACAUGAAUUUCAGAGUACUGGUUGGGGAAAGGGAAUAGUGCUUUUCUUUAAAGAAACCAGUUUAGUAGAUGCUUUGAGAGUGUUAGGCAAGAGCAGAAGUUACUACCUGGAGCAACAGGGAAAGCUUUAUAUAAGGUCAUGUGGCCCCUGUCACUGUGGUACGAAUGGGAGAUGGACUGUUCCUCCUGUGCCUGCCUCAGCAGGAGCUGCACUGAGAAGCAGAGACAGUCACCUCGGGGGUUUGGAAAGAAAACCUGGGCUCUGGGCUUUACGGCCUCAGACUCCGGUCUUCGAACAGAACGGGCCAUGCACAUUUCCUGUCAAGGCAAAGGGAAAAUCUAAAAAUCUCGUUGCUCUUUGGGUUAGAAAAUUGCCCUUUUCUCUGUGCUUGGAGCUGGGUUUAUUUGGAAAGGGGUUAGUUUAUUUGAACAUUGGGACAUCAAGCUUAUCUAUAGCCAAAUUUCAAUCUGCAACCCAUUUUCUCUUUGUCUUGGGGUUGAACUUGACGCAAGGUGACUCUUUUUGAAUCCCAAAUCCCUAAAUUACACUUUAUUUUCAAAGCCUAAUUCACAAAAUUCACAGUGGUGCUGACUGUGUAUUAACCACUAUUGGGAAAAGUCCCUUAAACCUGCCUGUUGCCAUGCCAAUGGAAUGACUGAACUGGUGACAUCUGUUUAAGCAUGCUUUGUGUGGCUGGUGGAAUGCCACCAUUGUGCGUACACUUUGUACAUCAGGGGUGAAGGGGGGGUUUUCUAGACUUAUGGGGGGAGGGUAAAAAUUUUUUUUAAUGGAGAGUGGGUAUAGUACUUAGCUUAUGCCCCAAAUAACAUGUAUAAAAGCCCCUGAAGUAUUGUGUGGGUGUGUGUGUGAAUGUGUGUAUAUGUCUGGCAAUUAAACCUUUAUCUUCUGGAAAUUAGUGAAUUCUUUUUUUCCUCCAGAAGUAUUUGUUACAAGAUUUGUAAAUAAGAGCUCUACUUAGUUUGUUUACCAUGACCAUGUUGCAGCAAACCUUAAAUACCUAAUUCCUGCAAGAUUUAAGGAAAGACUUGAAGACUUGCCAGGUUAAGCAGCAGCCAAGUUCUCAGUAAUUGUUUGCCUUGAUUCAUCUUUCAGACUUCAUUUUGCCACCUCUAAAAUUCCCAGUCUUCCUUAAUUUUAUAGUCCUUAAUCUUUUACGUUCUGAGCAGGAAGGGUAAAAGAGGAACCUGCGUAAAUAUAUUUAAUUGUAAGUCCGUGGGCUGAAACCGGGCAACCCUUUCUUAAUACUGCAAUGUUGCUAGAUCGUGAUCAGACACCAGAGGUUGGGCAUUCUCGAAAUAACAGUGCUGGAAUCUGCAGCAUGGUACUAAGGAAGUUAAAGUUUGAAUGUAACCACUUUAUUUAAAAGUUUUUUUUUUUUAAUUUAAAUGGGGUUGAAGUGAACAUGAUUUUGUUCGUGAAUUAUAGAUGCAACAUGCAUUGGUAGACUUGUGUGAUGGUCUUUUGUGAUACUUAAUUUUUACAUAUCCCAGUCUCUGUAUGUACCUGCAUAGACAAAGAAAAACAAACUCCUGCUUUCUUUUAUGGAAGGGUUUCCAGGGCUGUGUGUCUGCUCCUGAGCUCUGUUUUAAGUAUGUGUAUCCUUCGCUUGUAUUUUGUAUUAAAAAAAAUAAGAAAAAAGAACCCUUUAUUGUUGAGCAUGUUGCCAUUGUCCUCCCCCCCCCUUUUAUUUCUUUUUGGGACAUGAAGCAAGUUAUUCUUUUUCUGUAUCUUUUUUUCUUUUGUAAACUUUGUUUUGUUUAAAAAUGGCUUUAUAAAAGGGCUUUUAUAACCCA